AUACUAGUGUUUAUUUACUUGAAAUCAUAGUGUUGUGCACGUUAGGAAUUGUUAAAACGAUUAAAUGAUGUUGCAAAGUACACCUACUGCGUCUACUUCAAGAAAUAUAUCAUCUUUAUUGUGUGAUGUAACAGCUAUAUUCCAAAGGAUAAUGUUGUGUUGUAUAUUUUAUACAUGGACACAAUUUAAGGAAGCUUUAGACACGUUUAUGAAAGUACUAACUAAGUUGUUCUUUAUUUCUUUGAAAGGAAUCCAAUACAUCCUAUCGUGUUGAUUCAAGUAAAAAAGAUCCAUCCGGUGCUGAUGACUACAAGUUUGUGAAGUUUAAAUGCACUUUUGGAAGUCAUCGUGCUCCCCGAGGUGCUGGCUUUAGGAACAGAGGGUAAGUUGGCUGCGUGUGUAAAUUUUAAAAAUUUUAAGGUUCAAAAGUACAUCAUGUCAGUCAAUAAUUCUAGUCCAGCGGAAAUCCAACGUAUACAUGAUAACCAAGUACAAAACUGUGCAUAACCAUCCCUGCACAGCAAGUUUCAUGUCCACCGAUGUAUCUAGACGUCGGUUAUCAUCACAAGAAAUGGCAGUUAUCCAACCGUUCAUUGAAAGGAAUACUGAUUUCCAUGAAAUCAUGGAUCUAGCACAUGAGAAGUUCGGAAAAGCGCUCCUGUAUAACGAUAUUAAAAACAUGCGGGCUAAGAUAAAUAAACAAAUUGGUAGUUUCGAAGAGCUGCUUCAUCGACUGAGGCAGACAGGUCCAGUUAAAGUUUUCCAGGACAAUGCAGGCUUUGUAUCUAAAAUCAUUUUUGCUCGUAAUGAUAUGAUAGACGUGUAUCAUAAGUUUCCAGAAGUAGUUGGAAUCGAUUGUACUUACAAAACGAAUAAGAUGGGAUGGCCUUUAUAUCAGUUUGUUGUGACUGAUGGAUUCGGAAGAGGAAGGACUGUUUCGUUUGCUCUUACUAGGAGAGAAACGUUUGCAGAUAUCAAGGAGAUAUUGCAAACGUUUAAGAGAUUUAUGGUGGAUACAUCGAAAACAUUAACAUUCACUGUCGACUGUGCAACUGCACAGAUGAACGCCCUAAAGGAGGAAUUCCCUAGUUGCCAUAUUGUUUUGUGUCUUUUCCAUGUAUGCCAGGCAUUCAGAAGGAAGUUCCCAAAUCAGCUUGUUAAAAAGUGGUUGUAUCGAAUGGCGCACACGCGCAGUUAUGACAGGUAGGUUAGCAAAUCAGAGUAUAUUGCCAAAGGUUUUGGCGUUACCUAAACCUCAUAAGUAUUGUAGACACUGAGGCUGGUGCUUACAUUAGAAGGUACUGGCUAAGGACACGCAAAUAUUGGGCUGCAUCGUGCAACAGGUUCACCAUCAGUAU